AGUCAUGUGGUGGCCUGUGUUGUGUUGAUUUCACAAUUUAUCAUCCACUGCGGAUGACUGAAAGAGUUUCACUACCUAAAGUCACACAGACCCAGGACAGUGCAGGAGGAAGACACAGCUAUAGAUGUAUAUUAGAGUUGAGGUUAGAUGUAGAAGUUACUGUAUUUUAUCAGCAGUGUGUUAAGAUGUCAGAGGGAGUCUAUGAAAUCCCAGAUAGAUUUGAAGACGAUGAGACUGAUGCAAUGAAGAACACAGACAUUGAUGGCCAAUCAUGUGCCAACGUAAGAGCCUUCAAGCCCAGUCCAAGAGAUGGAGUUGUUGCUUCAGAGCCUGAUAGCUCAGGGAAGAGACCCUCUGGAGUUGCUGCAGUGUGUCUGGGGCUGCUGUGUGUUCUACUGGCUGGGAUCAUAGGCCUGUCUGUCUAUUAUGAUGGGGUCUCUAAGAGCUUCUUAGCCUAUAAAACCAACUCAUCUGCAGAGAUAGAACAGCUACAGACCAGCAACAACAACCUGACUAAAGAGAGAGACCAGAUACAGACCAGUUACAACACCCUGACUAAAGAGAGAGACCAGCUGCAGGCCAGUUACAACACCCUGACUAAAGAGAGAGACCAGAUACAGACCAGUUACAGCACCCUGACUAAAGAGAGAGACCAGCUACAGACCAGUUACAACACCAUGACUAAAGAGAGAGACAACCUACAGACCAGUUACAACACCAUCACUAAAGAGCGAGACCAGCUACAGACUGAGAGAGAUUUUCUUAACUGGAGGCUUACCAAUCUCAGCUGGCAGAAGUUUGAAUCCAGUUGGUACUUCCUGUCUACUGAGUCUAAAACCUGGAAGGAGAGCAGAGAGGACUGUCUGAAGAGAGGAGCAGACCUGGUGAUGAUAAACAGUGAUAAGGAACAGACUUUUCUCUUCAACCUCAAGAAGAGAGUCUGGAUUGGUCUGACUGACUCUGUUAAGGAGGGGACCUGGAAAUGGGUGGACGGCACCCCACUGACCACAAGGUACUGGAAUGACAAGCAGCCUGAUAGUAAAGAUCCUACUGGGGAGGAGGACUGUGUUGAGAUACAUACAGAUUGGACUCCACUUAAGGCAUGGAAUGACAUGUCAUGUGACAGGAAACUCAACUGGAUUUGUGAGAAAGUGUUUUAACAUCACCAUGACAACGUACUAUAGCACAUACAGCAGUUUAUAGUGUACGCAACUUUAUUAUUCAUUCUCUCUCUCUCUCUCUCUCACACACACACACACACACACACACACACACACACUCUCUCUCUAUCACACACACACACACACACACACACUCU